CACAAACCAAUCCGCUUUCCGUGAUGCGUACUGGAGCUGUCUGAAAGCUCUGGCGGGAGACAACGCUGCUUGUAUUGUCUGUCAGUUUAAGUAACGGGUUUCGUGAAAUAAUAUUUGUUUUACGUCUAUACGUUACUUUAGGUCAUAUUUUGAAUUCUUUUUCCUUUUAAUUUGGGAGGAGAAGCAACCUAGACUUCUCUAUUCUCCUGCUUUAACAGUAUAGUCUGCGGUAUCGGACUAAUAGCUCGCAAGCUAAGAAGUGAAACCAAACCUUCUAAGAGUUUUACUUGAAACGUCAGCUGAGUAUUUGAAUUUGUUCUCGGUUUAUCGGUCUUGCAUUGUUUUGGGGGUAAACUGUGUCAAUUUCCUUGUUACUACAGUAACGUUAGAGCUAUGGCAAAAGUGCAAGUGCUAAAUGUAGCUGUCCUGGACAACCCGAGUCCAUUUGGAAACCCGUUUCAAUUCGAAGUAACGUUUGAGUGCAUGGAGGAUCUUCCCGAAGAUCUUGAAUGGAAGAUUAUUUACGUGGGCUCAGCAGAAAGUGAAGAGCAUGAUCAGACUCUUGACUCCGUCCUGGUUGGUCCAGUUCCUGCAGGCCGACAUAUGUUUGUGUUUCAGGCAGAUGCUCCAAACACCGCCCUAAUACCUGAGAGUGAUGCUGUGGGUGUCACUGUUGUUCUGAUCACAUGCACAUACAGAGGACAGGAGUUCAUACGUAUUGGCUACUAUGUUAACAAUGAGUACACAGACACUGAGCUUCGUGAGAAUCCGCCCCUCAAACCUGACUACGGACAGCUCCAGAGGAACAUUCUGGCUUCCAACCCACGUGUAACCAGAUUUCACAUCAACUGGGAGGGAUGUGCUGAGAAAAUGGAGGAUUCAGAGAACGUGGACCCUGCACCCAACAGCAUGCUGCCCCCAUCCUGCACUCCGGGAAAAGCACCUCCACUCGGCCUGCUGCCAGACAACUCCAUGGACUGUUUGUAGUGACGCAGGCUCCUGUGAAUAGUCCUCACAUCUCAAGGCUCAUCCGUGAGCUCAGGUCAAUCUGGACACUGUGGAGGAGAGACGGGAUUAUUCAAACACAUCAG